UAAUUAAGAGUAAACUGUGUUGCUAGUGCAUGCUCCAGUAUCAAGCAGCCACCUCUUAAAAGCUUAAGCAUCCUUUCCUCUUUAGAGUUCAUCAGCCAUAUGCAAAAGCCAAAACACUAGAAUUUGGUUUUACUUCGUCUCUUUUGAUCCUCACUUGCUCAGCUAAGCUCUUCUCUUUUUAAAAGAAACCAAUAAAGAAACUGCUUUUUUUUUCCCUCUUACAAUAUCUUGGCUAUAAAAUAUUUUUGGAUUCAUUUCUUGGAAUUAUUAUCUCUUUUUCAUUUAAUUUUCUUUCUCAAUCUAUUUCUCUACUUCAAAUUUUCAGAUACCCAUCUGGGUUUUUGCUCUUUCAUUCUCAAGUUCUAUUCCUGAGUGCGGAAGAUCAGAUUUCCAUCUCUCUUUUCAAGAUUCUUUUGAGUUUGUAAAAGGUGGGUCUUUAUUAGAUUCUAAAUUUUUUAUGCUGCUUAAACAAAAAAGAAAGAUUCUUGAUUCUUAAUGCCUUUCAGACUACCAUUUCUAUACUUUCCUCUGAAUUCAAUAUGAACUUGUAAGCAAAACAUUGCAUGUAAGUGGUUACAGGCAUGGAAACUCUAUAUCCAUCUUUGUACAUGUCCAACUCGAAUUGGUUUAGCCAAAGCGCAGAGUGGACUACAGAGGAGAACAAGGUAUUUGAAAGGGCUUUGGCAAUAUUUGAUGAGCAUGAGCCUGAUAGAUGGACAAAGGUGGCAGCCAUGAUCCCAGGAAAGACAGUUUACGAUGUGAUCAAGCAAUAUAAGGAACUAGAAGACGAUGUCAGCGACAUAGAGGCAGGCAAGGUGCCUAUUCCUGGUUACCCUAGUUCACCCAUCACAUUGAACUGGGUUGAAGAUCGCAACUUUGAUGCACAUAGAAAGAGACCUUUGGCUAAUAAAAAUGGCGAGCAGGAGAGGAAGAAAGGUGUGCCAUGGACAGAAGAUGAGCACAGGCGGUUUCUUUUGGGACUUCUGAAGCAUGGAAAAGGAGAUUGGAGAAAUAUUUCCAGGAAUUUUGUAGUCUCCAAGACUCCAACUCAAGUGGCAAGCCAUGCACAAAAGUACUUUAUAAGGCAGCAGCUUUCUGGGAUGAAAGACAAGAGAAGACCAAGCAUACAUGACAUCACAACCGUUAAUCUCACUGAUUUUACUCCAUCAGACGGUAGUAGACCUCCUUCACAAGACCCAAAUCAUGCAUUUUUGACCCAAAACGCCAUUGGUAUGCAGAAAAUGUUGAUUGAUUGGGACAAGUCAAAGGAUGGAUCAAUUAUGGUGUUUGAUUCAACUCAUGGCAACUUGCUUGUGUCAUCUCCUUGUGAGCUUGCUUCCAAUGGCUUUAUACUUCAGAAGCAAAAUCUUUAUGCUGGUUUCCAUAUCAACCCACAUACCUUGGUUUUCAAGAGAUCUCAAAUUCCUGGACACAGAGGCUAUCCUUGAGUUCAAAGAAAUCUGAAAUGAUAGUGUUUUUGCUAUAAUUCUGUGUGGUUUUAAUGGGUACUAUGGAAGUCAUUGUUUCUGAACAUGGAAGAGAUUUUGAGAUAUCAAACUAUGAUGUCUUAAACUUCAAUGCCCAGAUGAUGAAAUUGAAAUGUAAGACUGUUGAAUGUGGAAGAAAAAAAAAAAAAACAGUCUAGUGGAGUUCCUGGACAAAGGUGAAAAUUUACCAUGUGUAUUAUAUAUACAUCUGCAUGAAGAACUCCUUUUGCCUAUUUUGAUUUAUUUUUCAGAUUCUGAGACAAGUUUUAUCCUGAUGUGUAAAUUAUGUCAAUAUUUUUC